GUUUGAUACCGUUUUCGCGCAAUAUGUCAACUUCGUGUCACCGUACCACGACACGCGCCAUCCAUCACCUUUCAACGACCCGCAACACGGCCCGACUGAACACGGUCAACAACGGAAUGAAUGAACUUUCAAGCGCCACAGGGGAAUACGGUAUGUCAAAUGGAUUCCUUUCUCCUUCGUGGCAACAAGUUUCCACUUGUGCACGGCUGACACGUUAGAUGGCGUUUGAUGGCGUUACUGCAUCACGAGAUGCCUGCACGGCUAAAACUUUCAACGAUAUGCAUCACGGGAUCUCGAAGUCGAACGCAGGCUAAUAAGUAACGAGUUAACAAAAUUCGGAAUGCUUUGAACUUUUCAGCACAAAACGUACCAAAUCAUGCGUUCACCUUGCAAUGUUACUAGACAUUUGGUUUUAACCACGCCGAUUACCAUUUAUAUAAAUUAUUAAAUAACUUGUGCGAGUCGUCAGUCGCAUACAGUCGCAUACAACAGACAUUUCAAAGUGUCACGCUGAAUAGUCCUCCCUCUUUUUAUUUUAAUUUUAUUUGUUUAUAUUAACUGUCUCUUAUUUGGAGAAAAGAGAAAGCGUAAUCUACUCGUAACCUAAUUAGAGAUUUGUAUAUGGUUGGAAGGGUUUCUAGGUCAGUUCUACCAUACUCCUGUAAGAUUUCAAUGUUAUUUCGCGACAUUAUGAUCUCAAUCUGCCCAAUGCCAGCUUUAACUAGAAGGUUUUCAUCGAGAUGGAUGCCUAUCAAUUUUGUAUGGUCGACAUUAGUGUGAUAACCAAUUGACCUACUUUGAUGACAAAAACAGUUAACUUUGCGAGGCUAAUUUGCAGAAACUAAUUUUAUGAUACAAGCAGCACCAUCUGACACCAAUUCCUGUAUGUAUGUACCGAUAUUAGAUCCAUUUUUACCAACAUUACAUACUCUACUUUUCUAUCUACAUAUAUAUAGUUUAACAUCGUAUAACAAGUUUAACAAGCUCGUAACUCCUAGCUUUUUGAUAAGGGGUAUUCUACGAAUUUGUUCCAAAUAGACCUACUUCCAACCGAUGUUAAAACAUUCAAGCUAGAAGAAUAGUGCAAUCUCCUCGCCGUUAGGUGACGAUACCAGUCUCUAUGAAACUGUGUGCCGCGAAAAAUCCAAGCGGGAAAUGUUUAUUCAGCGCAGAUUUGGUAUUCCAAUCCUAACAAGCGUAUUUAAGAAAUUCUAAUAAUUGUAUUGGAUUUAUAACCUAUUAUAAAUCCAUCAUAACAUCAUCUUCUGUAAAAAGUAUUGGCGACACGAAUGAAAUGGAAUGUUUGUUUUUGAAUGAACCUUAACAUUGAUUGAUGUUUCUGGGUACAUCAUCAUAGUACUAACUGGAACUAACACAGUGGCAGCUCAGAUGCGGGUUGGUCGAGGAACAACCUGUGUUGGUUGGAGUUUCGGUUAGUAUUUGUAACCAUGGCUACACGGUGAAGCAUGGCCGCUCGAUUAACAGUUUGCAAGCGAGCGUUGCGCAGAAAGGUAGUCAAGUACGUGGAAUGCUGGUGAUUCGCGUUGCGAACUUCUUCGUAACCGUGGGCACCCUUCCUGGCACUUCCGGUUUAGCAACUACGCACAAAAUAGCAUCGAUAAAUCCUUAUCACUGGAGUUCCUGGUAAAACCAUUCGCAGACGAAUGUGUUAUUCUUCCUCAAUAGAAUAAUUAUUUCAAAUAAUAUAGAACAGGGUGUUCAAAAUAGAGGAGAUUUCAAGUAGAGGAGGCGCGAAUCCAAGGCAGGUGUGAAAGAACAUUUUUCACCUGGAGAAAUAUGAAUAACACAAACAUUCGAUUAACUUUAAUAACUGAUAUUCAUUAAUUUUAUUAAUCUUGGUCAAACAUCUUUGAGCAAGUUUUGGAAGCCUCCGAUAUGGAACAAUUUUAUUCUUCUUGGAAACAUUAUUUUUCCUUUUCCUAGUGUUUUAACGACACUUGGCAUACGUUUUUCAAGAAUACGUCAUUUCUUGGGUUGCGAGACUGGAGAAAAUCUAUACCCUCGCAUGUCUGACUGGCCUGCGGAGAUUGGCUGCAUGCGAGCGUUAAGAAAAUGCUAAUCUUGACCAGGCCACUCGGCGGUGUUCUUGUGCUGUAGGACAAAGUCAUUUGUUAAACCUUUCGGGACAUAACUGGGUUAUCGUAUGGUCGUUUGAAACGGUUGAUGGACUAUCGUUUUACGUCAUACGAUGCUAAACGUCUAAGAAAGUCGUGUCGUACUUGGCACGCUGUAUUAGAAAUACGAUAAUACCCUGUUCUAAGAAGAUGGCCUCUGGCGACAUUCGCGAAUUACGUUACUCCUUCAAAACUCUCGAUCAAAGGACAAUUUUAUCUCAUCGUAUAAUCUCAGACUACUGUCUUUUGUAGGAUUAAUGAAUAAAGGCCAUCCUCUUGGAGUAAGGCUAUUUAAAAAAAAAAACUACCAAGUACUUCAUUUCAGGAAAGUUCAUACGACUGGAGUAAAGUUCGAAUGCACUACAAUUUGAGUAAUUGCUCGCAAUGUAAAAGGCGAAGAGUCCACGUGUCUUUAGCAGAAUCCGCCGAUCGAUGAAACAAGUAGUGUUAUCAUUUUGAAGAAACUGAAAUUAAGCUAUCAACAUGCAUAUCCCAGUAACCAGCAGGUUCCGUGGUAUACGCGGGCACCCCUAUUGUGCUUUUUUAUAUUUUACGAACGGUAUUACAGCGUUACCCAGUCGAUGGCUUUAACGUUAGCGACAAGAUUAAACUUUUACCCUGAACCUUUGACGAACCUAUAGAAAGUUUAAGUACAGCUAUACUUUUAUCGAUCUUGCACCGAUACGCAGGGUGGCCAACCCGUCGAUGUCGACAAAAUAUAUUCCGAGAUCGUACAAACGUGAUAGUCUAUCCAUUAACGAUGCCGUUUAUUACCUAUGCGAUCGAAUAGAAAUUAAUUGUUUCAUAGUUUAAUUGUACACGUUGGUUAUUCGGUAUGUUUUAUUGAAAAUAAAUGUUACGGCUCGAUUCUGACGAUAAGGCCAAUGGCCCACGAGGAAAGGUCGCUCAAGGACAGACAAAGUCCAAAGCAGAAUCGAUCUGAAUUGUUGUAACAAUUUGAUGUUUUUACUGGUCGUUGGUCUAUAGACUAGGGUCAUGGUGUAACGACAAUAAGACUUGGAUUUAACUCACUCUAGAUUGUUUUGUUUCUUCAUUUAGAUUUUUAGAUUAUGCUUUCAUUAGCAAUUUAUAGAACUCGCGAAAGGUCUAUGAAACCGAACCUAGGGUUGACAAAAGUGUUAUUUAGAGGAUACAGUACAUGUUUUACUAUUUUUGAAAGACUGAAGGGAAUCCAUCAUAGCCCACCAAAGUAAACUAUUGGCACCAAUCGAUAUCUUGUAAAUUAACCAGAAAAGGUCAUCGCGCAUUCCGUAUUAAUGGCCACACGUGGACGAGCUGAUGUUGCAUGAUCAAAACAAUCAAACGCACAUUCUCGUGUGCCGUGGUCAGAAAUAGUAGAAUACGGUGUUAAUAUAAUGCAGGAGCAGCAUCCUGAUAAAACGAUCCAGCUGACAAGCCGAAGCUAUUCCGACCGUUUUCACUAAACCUAGCGCAAAUGACGAUGAAUCGAUACAUAACGCUGAAUCAAUUAGGCGAUGGAACUUUCGGUUCCGUCGUACUUGGAGAACGAAUCGACACGGGGGAGAAGGUUGCUAUAAAACGAAUGAAGAGGAAAUACUAUUCCUGGGAGGAAGCCAUGAAUCUGCGCGAGGUGAAAUCUUUGAAAAAACUCAGUCAUGCGAACGUGGUGAAAUUGAAGGAAGUGAUACGGGAGAACGACGUGCUCUACUUUGUCUUCGAGUACAUGAAAGAAAAUCUGUAUCAGUUGAUGAAGGAUAGGGACAAGCUCUUCCCAGAGUCGGUGAUCCGAAACAUAGUGUACCAAGUGUUACAAGGUCUAGCUUUCAUGCAUAAACAUGGGUUCUUUCAUCGCGACAUGAAACCUGAAAAUCUGUUAUGCAUGGGACCAGAAUUGGUGAAGAUUGCUGAUUUCGGAUUAGCCAGGGAAAUACGGUCAAGGCCACCCUACACGGACUACGUAUCUACUCGAUGGUACAGAGCUCCAGAAGUGUUGCUCCAUUCAACGACCUACAACAGUCCAAUCGACAUUUGGGCUGUGGGGUGCAUUAUGGCAGAAUUAUACACGUUUCGACCACUGUUCCCUGGCAAAAGCGAAAUCGACGAGAUCUUUAAAAUAUGCUCUGUAAUUGGCACUCCAGAAAAGGACGAUUGGCCUGAGGGAUAUCAGUUAGCUGCCGCCAUGAACUUCAAGUUUCCUAACUUCACUCGGACAUCGUUGAAUAUUCUAAUACCGAACGCUAGCCAGGAAGCUGUGGUGUUCAUGGAGGACAUGCUCCAGUGGAACCCUAUAAAAAGACCCACAGCUCAGCAGUCUCUGAGGUACCCAUAUUUUCAAGUGAGCGGUCCGCGUGUGAUCAACAGUAAAAAGAUUGGCGUCGCGUCACAGCGAGAUCUAGUUCUGAACAAAGUGAAUCUUCCACAUCCUGUCUCGAAACAGUACAACUAUUCCCAAGACAUUUUCGACAACUCGCUGGAAACCAGCAGAGCGCAAGAGAAUAUAGUGCAGACGCAGCAACAACAACAACAACAGCAGCAGCAACAGCAACAGCAACAGCAACAGCAACAGCAACAGCAACAGCAACAGUUGAUGCUGCCUCUACUGAAUCAUAACAAUUACGUGCGCAAAAGUAAUCCCCCGAAGUGGGACGAGGACGAUUUUGCCGAGCUUCUGGGAAGCAAGAUCGUUCCCGAGAACGUGAACGUAAAGCUUGCCCCCGAACGAGUAUACAAAGAGAACCGUGCCAAUUGGAACACCAAUUAUUUACCAGACAAUCCGAAGCAGAGCAACGGGAACUGGACGCUGCCAGCAUGGAACGAAUCUGCUCCAAUGCACUGGAAUCAGUCGCAAUCGAAUUACAAGAACGGUCGAAAAGCUUCAGCGAAACAGCACUACCUCAGCGUCGCUCGGUACGUCGCUGGGCCGAAUACAAGCUUAUCGUCCAGGUAUCCAAAGUUCCGAAACCUAAAGCGAAUCCUGAACCCCACUUUACUGAUAAUAUUGGGAUACAUACUGGUCGGAUGUCUGCUUUGGCAGAAGAAACUGCACGAGCAUUUCGCAUACCUGAUUAACUUUCUCGUAAAGGGAUCUCGCAAAACGUUCAUCUUGGAAUCUUUGAAAAUAUCUCUUAACGCUAUCCAUAUUUGCACGUUGCAAUUAAAAGUCCAAGUAUCGAGGAUUCCUUAUUGUAUAAUGAAUGUGUCGAACUUCGUAUUUCAAGUUACGCUGUUCGUUUGUAACGUCUGUCUUGAGAUUACGUGCAGAAUGUACUCGCGAUGCAUAUUGGUCAUUAAGAUUCUUCAACGUUUCGUUAUUUUACACAGAUUUUGUAACAGUAUUUUUACAUCGCCAUUUUUAUAUCUAGAUCAAAUAUUUCAAAUGGAAUACUGGAAGUGUUUGUGUAACAUUUGUCGAACAUGCCUCGAUACCUUUUUUUUCGUAAUCGAGUAUCCCUUUUCGUUUCUGACACAGAAAUGUUCAAUCUGAUAAGAAUGAUGAAAAAAGCGAAUGAUGGCCCUCUCAAUUUGUUUCUUCCGCUGUAUUUCUAAAUUCUAUUGUACGUUCAAAGUGUUCAAUAAAAUAAUUUCUAUUUCCUCGUAUCCAAGCAUCGAUUGUU